CCUAAUGUUGGGACCACACGGGGCCUUCUUAUGCACAAUUUUGCUAGCUGUUGCUCCUAAACCCUGUUUCCGCAAGAAAUUUGCUGAAAACUGAAGUGAUCCGCUGGAACGAGGGUUGCUAUUGCCAAGCCGAGCCUAAUGGCGAUUUGCUGAAAUUUCUUUGCAAUUAGACAGCACUGCUGUUGGCACUUGAGCUUUGUUGCCAUCGAGUGGGGAUCCACAAAAAUUAAUCUUGCUGGGGAGGGGAGCAGCUAGAGAGGUCGAUCGGACUCAUGAUUUCCAGGUUGUUGCUGAUUCUUGAGCUGCUGCUGUUAUGCUUGGCAGCACCAUUCGGUGCAUACAUGUCGGAGGCGAAGAACUCAUCAUUUCCACUGACCUGUACAAAUGUUCCCUACCCCUUCGGCGUCCCCGGUAUAGCUAUGAAAGGCUUUGAAAUAAGCUGCAAUGGCACUUCUCCAAUUUUAAAGCUGGGCAAUAAUUCUUACGAGAUUGAAGACAUCUCGCUGCUGCAAGGCAAUCUGAGCAUCUAUGCUGGUACCAUUUUUCAUCGCUGCAAUCAGGAUUUCACAGUAGCACCUGGCAAUAUCGACUUGGAGGGAACCCCCUACACGAUAGCCAACACAGAGAGCUCGAAUAACAUGCUGACAAUAGUCGGCUGUAACCAUGUGGUGACUGUCCAAGGGCAUCCUAGUAGUUACUCAACAAGCGCUUGUGUAUCCUUUUGCGACUCUGUUGACGAUGUUAUCGAUGGAUCUUGCUCUGGUUUGGGCUGUUGUCAAUUCUCCAUACCUAAAGGUCUCAAGAGCUUCAUAAUGUGGUUCCAAUUUCUCAACCUCACAAACCGAGUCUCCAAUGCGACCGAAAUUCCUCGGUGCAUCCAGGCCUUCUUUGUUCAGCAAAACAACUUCACAUUCUCGAGUGAGAUGCUAGAGAAUGUUGUAAAGGACAAUCAAGUUUCUCAAGAUCGUUACCUAAUGACGUUGGAUUGGGCUAUUGGGAAUACAAAUUGUACACAAGCGAAAAAGUACGUGAAAAGCUAUGCUUGCAAGGAGAAUAGCCACUGCUACAAUUCAAAUGAUGGAGUCGGAUAUCGCUGCAAUUGCAGCCAAGGAUACCAUGGAAAUCCUUACAUUGAAUGCCAAGAUAUUAACGAAUGCGAGGAUCCAGAGCUCAAUCCUUGUGUUGGAAAAUGCACCAACAAGCCAGGAAGUGUUUCUUGCACUUGUCCCCCGGGCCAACAGGGUGACGGUAGAAAGCAAGGAAGUGGCUGCACGAAUAAGGCGCCAACGGUUUCAUCAAAAGAAAAGGAGGUGCCGUUGGAGCCUGCUUUGGGUUUUCUUGAAGACACUUCAGAUCGGAUUGCUACCGAUCUCCAGCUUGAUUUCUUCCGAUCUACUUCAGUCUUUGAUUUUGAGUGAUGCAGCAAUUGAUUGGCACCAGAAGGAGGGCCUUCUUAAUUUUUUUUGUGAAAAAGAUGAUCAAAGUACAGAUAUAGCAACCCUCUCCAUCCUCUCCAAAAGGGAUGUCGGAGGCACCACAACAACAAUCGGUUACUAUUGAUCUCCAACAGCUCAACCUCCUUGUUCAGCAAAUUCAAAUCUUGAUAGCAGCUAUUCAAUAAUUUCAAAAGAAAGAGAAGCAACAGCAAAAAGAAGCUCGUCCUCUAAAGAUUAUAUCCCAACACAGCCAUCAACCAGCCCGUCAAGAUGAACAUCAUAUUGAUGAUGAGGCUGACGAUGAAUAUGUUCCCAUCAAUAUAAAAACUCAAAAUUGAGACGAUCUAGAGUACAAGAUCCAGAAUCUUGAAAGACACCUGAUGGAGAUCCAGGUAGGAGAUCGAUCUCAAAUUAGAGAUAGCUUUAGCUUUCGAUCUCCUUUCUCUCAAGAAAUCAUGAAUGAACCAGUUUCGUAUCGAUUCAAGAUGCCUACAAUUGAGCCCUAUGAUGGCUCCACUAAUCCAUUGGAUCAUACUGAGGGCUACAGAGCUCUCAUGACUUUAUAGGAGGCUUUUGAUGUCCUAC